AUGCCGGCUCGCACCCACGCCCUCGCUUCGCUGCGGCGCUACUCGACCAGCGCGCCCCGCGACCCGCACUACCGCCUCAAGGCCUCGCUCGCCACCGGCUACGUCGUGUCGGCGCUCGCGCUGCCGUUUGUGCCGCCGCUGCUGGAGACGCGCCGGGCGAAGGCGGACGGCAGCGAUUUGACGCGGGAGAAUGUGUACUGCUCGAGUCAGUUUCAUCAGUGUGCUCGCUGA